AUGAAUAUCAACGAACCGAGACACGGCGGUGGUUUUGUGCUACCCUUUUUCAACGAUAGCAAAAGAUCCCGGAAACCCCAUGCCGGCAGAGACUCCUUAAAGUCAAAUCGAAUUCCUUUCCUUGGCUGGAUUCCAGAUACAGUCAGUUACAUAACAACUCCAUUCAGAAACGCUCAUAGAUCGCUUCACUCACACAACAAGAUACGAAAUCAUUUCGUGGCAACAAUGGCAGAAUUCGCCGGAACGACCCUCUUUCUCUUAUUUGCUUUUUCAGGUACCCAAGUGGCUCUUUUAGCAACGCCGGCGAAUAAUUCGAACGUCGUCGGAACUCCGAGCGAUCCCGCCCAAUUACUUUAUAUAUCUUUAUGUUUUGGUUUCUCCCUCGCAGUUAAUGCGUGGGUUUUCUUUCGUAUUAGCGGUGGCCUAUUUAACCCCGCCGUCACGAUGGGCAUGUGUCUCGUUGGCGCGCUCCCGUAUUUUCGAGGACUUCUUUUAAUAAUAGCUCAAAUUCUCGGUGGUAUCACAGCUGCCGCCAUUGUUUCUUGUCUCUUCCCUGGACCUAUAACAUUUAGAACCAGUCUAGGAGGCGGCACAUCAAUUGUUCAAGGUCUCUUCAUCGAAAUGUUUCUCACUGCUGAAUUAGUCUUUACAAUCUUUAUGCUUGCGGCUGAAAAACAUAAGGGAACUUUCAUCGCACCAAUUGGUAUCGGUCUUUCUCUAUUCAUUGCUGAACUUACAGGCGUCUACUUCACCGGCGGCUCCGUUAACCCCGCCCGUUCCUUCGGCCCCAGCGUCGUCGCACGCCAAUUCAACGGCUACCACUGGAUCUACUGGGUCGGUCCCAUCCUCGGCGCCAUCCUCGCCUCAGGCUUCUACAAAUUCAUCAAGAUGCUCGAAUACGAGACGGCCAACCCAGGUCAAGACGCUACUCGCAUUGGGGAAUCCUUCGAUCCCGAAGCUCACGCCAUGACUAACAAAGUCGAUUUUGCUGAUGAGGGAAUGGUAGGUAGGGAGCUGGAUGAAAGUGGUGCGGGUCGCGUUCAUGGAUCGGCUGGCUAUGGUCAUGCGAAGGAAUAUGGGACGCAGCGCAGACCGUUUAGUGAUAGUCCGGCGCCGCCCCAUCCAAAUGAUCAGUUUGUGGGGUUGAAUUCGGGCGGGAUGCAUGCGGAUGAACAUGUUAAGGUAGGGGAGGGAGCGGCGAAGGAGGAGACAACGAGGGAUAAGAGGGAUAGUGGGGGGACGUUGGUAGAGAAUGGGGCUAAGAAGAGUGCGAUGAGGGGUGGGGGUGGGAAUGUGAGUGGAAUGGGAGUGGAUCAGAGGGUAGGAGGCGAUUUGAAGAAUAACACUUAUAAUAACCAGAUGAUUGGACAGGGACAGGGGGUACAAAGUGAGGAAUUUUAUGAUAAAUAA